AUGACCCAUGCAACGCUUCUCACCCAACGACUCCGAGCUCGAAGCGGGAUCAUCCACGGCAUUCCUGGACUAUCGUGGCUCUUCUCAAAGAUCGCUCACCUCAAACCUAGAACUCCGCUCGAAGACCUCUUGAACGCUCCCUUGCCUGGACACGAUCGAGAACAACGCGGAGAUUCCCGGGCGAUUACCGAACCCGAACUCUUGCAUCAUCUGAUUGCCAUCGAAGAACGAAUCAACCAGGUCUUGGUUCAUCUUGAAGACCUCGAAUCAGCCCAAAUCGACGGCGAUAGAGCUUCUCAUUCAACUCCUCAAGUCGAACUGGAAGAGAAAGCCUCGAUCGACAGGGGGAUGACGGCGAUCUCCCAGCUCUACUUGAGCGCUCUUGGGUUGAUUUUGGACCAUCAAUACGACGCUUGGUACCCUUCUCCGGGGGUACAAGCUUGGGAACGUCCGGUUCCUACUUCAUCCUCCUCGUUGGCAUCGGGUCCGUCCAAGGCAGAUCAUCAGGUUGAGAUGGAUCUGCUCACCGCGGCCAUCCACGCGCUGGACAAGGCCAUUUACUGGAGAUCGAUCGUCCUCCGUCAAUCUCGUAUCGAUGAGCCCCACCAUGGAUCUUGGGCUUGGUCCAGCUCUGCGACCGGACGGAGUGUAGAUCGAGGGCUGGCGGGAAUGUUCUUCCCUCUACCCACUGAAGCAGGGGAAGAAGGAGAUCAGAUCGGCGAAGAGAUUAGGGGUUUGGAGGCCUUGCCGUACCUCUUGGAGAAGACUCAGGCGGCUUUGGUACACGUUCUGACGAAGGAUCGACAGGUCCGACGGCAGCCUGGUCAAGGUCGAGCGGACGUUGCCCGAAGAACUGGAGAAGAAGAUGUUGUGGACCUCACUCCAGGCGAAAUUUUACGCCGGGCGAAAUACCUAACGGACCUUCUCAAUGUCUUCCAUCGACUCCCUUCCAAGCUGGUGCGAAUGGCGCUCUUGCCUCCCGAAGUCUCGAAACAAGCAGAGAUGGACGGAAAAAUGGUCGGAUUGUGGAUUCGGUUGAAAGCGGGGGUGAGGAGGGUUGAGAUGCUGCACGAUUCGGGAAGGGUAGAGGAGAACGCGAGGAAGUCGGGGUUGCAGGUUGGGGGUUAUGAUCCCGACGAAGAUGAGUUCGGGGGUGAAGAUGGACAAGACACGAACUUGAAGUACUCGACCGAGAUCGAAGAGACGUUCAAGCGGCUCCUCAUCCAGAUCGAACGGAUCCCGGGGGAAGACCUGGCUCCAUUGUUGACCCGCGCUCAGCCUUGGCUUCCCCGAACCGUCACGGCCGGAAGAGAACGAUCGUUCUCUUCUGGGUCUUCCAGUUCGUCUUCCUCAGACCAGGAUGGUGAUAGCGACAAUGAGAGUGAUAGCGAUGGAGAUGAAUCUGAUACAGGAAAGCCUAGCGACACAAAUUCGAAGCGCUCUCGACCCGCUCAUCCGGACCCGCCUAACCGGCCCCUCCUCAUGCGCCUACUGAGGAUGUACAACCGGUACCAAGAAUAUCGGUACGCGCUUCACCUCUCGCAACCGGUCGUCGACGUUGUCGUCAAGGUGGAAAGUCCGAAAGGGAAAGGCAAGGAUACGCCUCCUUCGGCUCGAAACGGCUCGGGAAAGAGGAAACUUAGCAGGUUCAGGGAGGAUGGGGAGCUGGGAGCGGUCUGGAGGAGGGUCAUGUGGAGCGUCAGCGAGAUCAUCGGGAUGGAGAAGAUGCUGAGUCUCGGAUUAGACGAAGAUCAAGCGGAAGAAUGGCAAUUCGUCUACUUUCCCGUCCGGGCCGACGAUUUCGAAGAUGAUGAGGACGAAGUCAGUGGUGAUGGCGCUCAGGCAGGUUCCGUCAGUCCGGGAAAGAGCAGCCUCAAGGCCAGUCCGAGCGGGAAAGCAAAAGGAAAGGCGCGAGCAGCGUUGCAAUCUGAGAGUGGAAGCAAGAGGAGAAAGUUAGACGAUGUCGAGUGA